AGUUUGAGCAUAUGCCCAACUCCAAACGUGGUGCUUAGUCUUGACUAUUGAGGAAGAAGUAAGAAUCGGCUCUAUAUAUAAGAACACUUUUGCUAAUUACCCACUCUAAAUUCUCUGAAGUCUGAAUCCCCAUUUUUCUCUAAUUUUCCUGAAAAUCUUACACUCAACCAAAAAAAAUGGUCAGACUUGUUUUCUUCCACAUUUUCUUAGCCCUUUUUUCCCUCAUUAUUUUCCACGCUUCUUCAUCUUCUGUCCCUUCUAGUGAAUCAAAUCUCCCUCUUCUUGCUCUUAAGAUCAAGCCUAAUCAGACUACUGCUUCAAGCUGUACUUUCAGAGUUCAAAUCACUACAAGCUGUUCUUCUGUAAAAUACACCAGAGAUCAAAUUAGUCUUUCUUUUGGUGAUGCUUAUGGAAAUCAGGUUUAUGUGCCAAGGAUUGACAAUCCAUCCUCUCGUGCUUUCGAGGCGUGCUCCACAGAUACAUAUGAUGUUACUGGUCCGUGUACAUACGAUGUAUGCUAUGUGUACCUGUACCGGAGGGGAAAUGAUGGCUGGAAGGUAAACAGUGUGCGUAUUUCCAGCCCGUAUAUCAGGACUGUGACUUUCAAGUACAACAGCUGGAUUCAAAACAAUGUUUGGUUUGGGUUCAACUACUGCAACGGGUCUUCCUCUCGAGGCUAUAAUAAACCUCCAUUAAGCACCCUUAUUAUGACCCUUGUGGCCGUGCUGUUUUUCGCGCUCGAAUGGUGCUUGUUCUGAAACACUUGAAUUGGAUCUUGAACACAAGGCCCUUCUAACUUUUUUUUUUCUGUUGCUGGAAAUCAAACCAAAAUUUAGGAGAAGAUUGUUUAGAGAACAAAGUUCUUUUCUUUUUUUUCUCUUUUUUGGGGGGUGGGUUGUGCUUUCUGUACACGAGAUUCCUAAGAUAUUGAUUAUUGGUAGUAUGAUGUGUUAUGGACAAGACAUUUAAUACCAUAUGGAUUUUAAAUUUGUCCUUGUUUGGACUUUGGUAUACAUGUAUAAAUAUAAUGGUUAAGUUCCUGUUUA